CACACCCUGGGGAGGAGACUGAACCAUUAAAGUAUAUAGGUUUACGCUAUAGUUCUGAUGUUGUGAAUCCACUUUGAGUCUAAAUGUUAUGGAUCACCUUUAAACAAAUGUUUCUACAGGGAAAAAGGCCUAAGUAAGAAUUUUAAUGGCCUGCAGAACAGAGACCGGGAAAGGGGACACACAAAGUCUUCAGGAGAUAAGGAUUGUUCUCUUGGGGCACGACUGGUUGGAGAAGAGUUUAACGGGAAACACCAUCCUCGGGAGACAGAUGUUCGACGUCAGCAGAGAUGUGAAGAUGUGCGUUAGGAGACAAGGUGUCCUUGUUGGAGGACGGAAGGUUGUAGUAGUCAGCACCCCUGAGAGGUGGAUCCACUACUCUGUGCAGGACCCUGGCCUGGUGAAUGUGAACAUGGCAGCCUGCGUCUCCAUGUGUCCUCCAGGACCUCAUGCCUUCCUCUUCAUAGUCCCCAUCAGCUCACAUAAAGGCAGAGAGUGGACAGUGGAGGGACCUCUUGAGUUGUUAAGUGACACUCUGUGGAGGAGCACAAUCAUGAUCUUUACUAGAUGUGAACGACUGAGAGGAACCUCUAUACCAUCUUUUAGACACAAGCGUCUGGGGGGAGGAUGA